GCCGCCUGCGCCCUUCUCCUUGCAACUAACCGCGGGGGGGGGGGGGGCUGCGCAACUAACUGUGCCGCCCAGCGCACUUGCGCGUCCCUCGUGCGCUGCGCCCCGCUGCCUGCAAUUAAUGAAUGGCGCUACACCCGCCCGCUGUGCACGCCCCGGAGCUGCUCCCCCCGCCCCGCAGCGGGCCCCCCUGUGCCCCUCCUCGUGCAUGCCACUCGCCAGCGGAACCACACACGCUCACCGUGCACCCGGCAAAGCUGCACCCCACCCCGCUCCCCUUCCUGCGACCGGCCGCCGCGAGCUGCGGGGCAGCUGUGUUGUCCCGGCCCCACGACUGAACGUGGAGCAUGCACCUGGCCGACUGGCUUGCGCGGAGGGGCCGGGGGAAGAGCGUGCGGGGCUGAGCCCCGGGCCCCGGAUCGGCCUCGGCUCCGGCCGUUGCCUCGCGGCGCAGCAAGGAGGAGAGCGACGCUGGGUCGAGCGCGCGCGUCGUUUUUAAAAUCUUUAACCCGUUGCGUGCCGGGCUCUUCCGCCAAUCCUGCUGCCGCCCCCUUUCCGCUGCAGGCUGCCCCAGUGGGGGAAGCGGCUACUAGGGUGGCCAACCCUCCAGGACGGUCCUGGCACCUGCAGGAAUUAAAGAUGGAUCUUUAUUGAGAGGUUAUGGCAUGGGAUGAAAUCAGUAAACCUCCAGGAAUGCCUCCAACCUGAAUCUGCAACCCUAGCGGCUGCCUUUCGGGCCCCUACUGCAGCAGGCAGGUGCAUGGGAGAAGCUUCACCCUGUGCUGGGCAGGCUGAUGCCCCUGCCUCAGGGCUGCUGGCUAGGGAGGGUCCCAGGGCCAGCUCUCCCUUAUUUUCAGUGACUGGCCUGCACCAGAAUCCUGGACCUGAGCAAGCCCAGAGUUUGGGAAGUUAGGAUCUGGAUUGGCCUGAGCUGUUCCUUGGCAUCCCACUGAGCUAUUCUAGAUCCAUCCCUGACAGCAGGGGUCUGCACCAUCGUCCAUUAUCUUCUCUCUGGUCGGUAUCUCUGGUGCUGGUUGACCAUUGCCUUGCUUCUGCCUGACUAUAUAGUUCAGAUCCUGAGCUUCUCUUGGUUCCGGGCAGAUGGGCACAGAGGCUGCUGCUGUCUGGUGAUAGUGCACAUGGUGAAGCUGGGGAUUUGGAAGCGGCACUGGGAUGCUCUGUGGACAGCUGCGAAGCCUGGAGGAAGCUCCAUUGCUGGAGAUCUCCUCAUGCAGCUGGGGGACCUGGCAGUUCUGCAGCUCUUGGAAGCCCUGCUGCAGACCUUGCCCCACCUGUUGCUACAGAGCUACGUUUUUGUAGCGGUGGAACCGACUGGCCUUGUCCCAGGUGUGAGUGCUGGACUGUCCCUGCUCUCCCUCUCCUGGUCUUUAGUCUCUUAUAGCCGCUUUACAUGCCUAAUGAAACCAGGUCAUCUCUACAUGCCAGCGGCGGCCCUCCUGUGCCAGCUGUUGUGGAGGACAGGAAUGCUAGGAACGAGGGUCAUGGCCCUGGUGCUCUUUGCCAGAGUCUAUCCUGUCUGGGUUUUUGUUGCAGCAGGUGCUCACUGGCUGGUGAUGUCCUUCUGGAUGGUGUCUCAGCAAACUGACAUCAUAGUGAGUUCCUGUCACUGGAGACUGUUCAACUUCCUGGUGGGGGCUGUGUACAUCUUCUGCUACAUUAAUGUUCAGGCCGGCCCCUCCAGGUACAGAGUGGCUGUGUUUUAUGUGAUAAUGCUGAUAGAGAACAUCUUCCUUUUGAUGUUGGCCACAGAUCUCCUGCAGGGGGUGCAGCGGGAUAGCCUGUUUAUGACAGGGGCGGUGAUGGCUGGAUUCAUGAUUGGCUCUGCCGCUCUGGUCAUCUAUUAUAGUCUGCUACACCCCAAAUCCACAGAGAUCUGGCAGAGUUUCCUGAAGAAAUCUUGCAGCAUCACAACUGCAAAGUAUAACGGGACAGAAGGAUCCACUUUCCGGUCCAUAAACGAAGCUGGGGAGAGCUUUGGAAUUUCAGGUCAGGAGGACAUUGUCUCUUCAAAUGCAGACGUCUCAAAGGUGGUGCAUACCAGGCCUGCUUCUAGAGCACACAGUGAGAUCUCAAUAGGAGAACUUGAAGGUCAUACUUCUGUGAAGGACAGCUGGGUGAACCAUCAUCACUGGCUGUUGGUAAAGCUAGCCUUGAAAACUGGGGAUGUGUCCAAGAUCAACGCAGCCUUUGGAGAUGGUGGAGUUGGGGAGCUUUACCCUUCAGCAUUGGUGGCAAGCAAACACUGCAGUGCUAUGCUUGGGCCAAAGACCAAUCUUGGCUUUUCUUCAAUGGGAAAAUGCCCUGGAACUCCUAAAGCCAGAGUGGUAGGACAGAGGUUUCAGGCAGAAGAGAACCGAGCUGGAAAAAGCCUGAGCAGAAAGGAGACAACUUGCCUCACUUUAGCAAGCAGCAAACACAACACAUACUCUGUAAGAACGCCGCUAAUCCUGCCAGAGGAGCACAGACCAACAGCAAAAGCCCCUAGCUGCACAGGCUUGACGAGCAGACAUGAAGCUCAGGCAGACAAAGCGGGAGGUGUGUCCGCUCCUCUUGCUCCAAACAGCAGUGCCAACAGCAACUCUGACUUGGAAGUCGUUGUGGAGCACCCAGAAGGGACAGCUCAGAUGCACGAGAGUCCCACUCUGUACUUCAGUGCCAAUGCGGAGAUCAGUGCAUCUCUGAACGGAGGUGGGGGAGCAGCCAGCUGUGUGGCUGAUGACCCUGUGGAGCUGGUGGAGGACAGCAGGCUCAGGCCUGUACCAGACAACACUGUAGGUAAAGGAGAUGGCUUCCCCAUCAGCAUGGUUAAUAUCAGUCCAAUCCUGGGCGUUGUCACUCCUGGCUUGCUGCAGAGCGGUCCAUCCUUCUGCUGCACCCAUCAGUGCAAUGCACUGAGUUCAUCCGAGGAGACCUCGGAGCUCACUGAGCAGGAGGGAGUCCGGAAGGCGCAGUGCAACCACUGGGGCACCACCUCCGUUGGGACUUGGGUUGCUGCUGUGAAGAGGAGACUAAGGCCAGCUGAGGAACCGUGCUACACGUCCACCCCCAAGGCUGACCCCCCCAGCCCGGACUGCAAGUUGAGGGAGGCAAAGGAGAGGACGAAACUGACGGGGUUGAUGGAGCAGUUGUAAUGGAGUGAGACUGUAAAUUAACCAACUGGGGCCCUGUGUUUGGUGUCCAAUCUGGUCCCCUGGUAUCUUGUUAAUAAUUUACUCUUAAGUCUCCAUAGGAGCGUACAGCUCCAGUUCGUGUCUGUCUGGAGCUCUGACCCUUUCUGCUGUGAGUACGUUGCUAGAUUCCUCCUUCUUGCAUACACGUACUGUAUCAUACAGAGUAGCUCCCCAUUUGUGUGCUGUCUCUUACCGCUCCUGCUAGAGUCCAACUCUGGAGAUGUGCGCUUGCUCCCUCUAAAAUGGCCACGCUCUUCUGCAAUCUGGGGACACGAUGGCAGGAGUUGCAUAAAUUGGCAGUAGCAGAACCUGCUUUAAGUAUUGGGGCAACGAUUCUACUGCUUAAUGGCGGUUGUGACGAUAAUACUUGGGUAUGUUUGGGGUUCUGUGGGUGGGCCAGGAGGGGUGUUCCAUUAGCCGUGAAAUCCUGCGAUGGCAGGCAUUCACUGGACUGGCAAGGGACUCUCUCAGGUGACUAACAGUGGACUACGGAAUCCUCCACCGUUCGGGCACGAGCGCAUAUCCAGCACCAGACAUGAUUUUCAGUCACUUUUACAGCUUAAAAGUGCAUCAAAGCAAAAAUGCAAACGUUUUUCUAAUGCAUUAACUACUUGGGAAAGGAGAGGUGGUUGAUGGAAAACUGGCCGAGUGUCUUGCACAGAGCAUGCUAGCAAUGCCAGCCUCUCUGCCUGGCUCUGACUCUAGGACUGAGGUUAGGCUACAGCAGUAGGAACUGUAGUCUCUGUGACAAUGGCCUAGCUCUGCUGCCUGCAGCAAAGGGAAGGUACAGAUGUUAAAUCAGGCAUUUUAAGAUCUUACUAACCAACUAAAGCAGGGUGCCUCUUAUGUAUUUGUGACAACGUCUUGAAACUUGGCCAUUAGCAGCCCUCGUUCCAGAGGGUUGUUUCCUCAGCUAUUUGCUUCUCCCCACCUUGGAGGAACAGCUCCUGCCAGGGUGGCAGGGUGGUUUUUGUACUUUGACUUCUGCCCAAAGUGUCUUUCCCUUUCAGGACAAACACGAGUUCACAACAAAGCACUGUGAUCUUCCCUGGCACAAGUCUGCCUACCCAAGCGGGGGGGCUCGCUCCCGGCUGCAGUGUAGACAUACUCUAAAUCAGGAGCAGAAUCCUGCCUGUCACAGAGCCACUUCCUACGCUGGUCUCCUCUGGUCAGGCUCUCUCUCCAGCCUUCUCCUUGCGGUCCUCUGCCCAACUGCUCCGUCUCCAGGCCUCUUCCCCAGUUCCCUAGGGAAGGCCUCGCUCUAGAUCUUGCUUCAAUCCCUCUGUCUCCCAGACUGAGCACAGACCUUGCCUGCCCCCCGCUCCAACCAGGACUGACUUCCCGCUUGGUCACGUGAUCUGUCGGGGGAAACUGAGGGGCUGAGCCUUGGAGCCGGGCUGGCUGGACCCAGGCAUGCCCUUAAAGGGACACCCUGCACUACAGCUGAGAGGGCUGGUCAGCGAGCUGCUGGCUUGGCUCAUAGUCUAUGGCUUUCCAGUACCCAACGAACAGACACAGAUAACAGGGUGAAUAAAUGGCCCCCCAAAACGUCCUUGCCGUGUCUGAGCAUUCAGUUAAAAUGGAUGGUUUGUCAGUUCCAGGCAGUGACUCCCGCCCAGUUGAAGCAGGAACAGAGAACAGGUGGGGAUGGAAUUGGGCAUUGCUUCGCUUAGCCAGAACAAUAAUGUUUGGAGUCAUUUAUUUCAAGCCCAGGCAAAUUCAUUUCCCUCCUCAUUUAACAAAAGAAGUGAAGUCACAUUGGUCUUUGAGCACUAACCCACUCGCACUGGCUACAACCUGCAGAAUUAUCCUGCUGAGCCACAGCAUGGCCUGCUGCCAGUGAGAUGUCAAUAACAGCCAGCAGCCUAGCAGAGGGAGCUGGUAGUGAAGUGGUGGGAAGGAGGAGAGCCGUGAUUUCCUGACCGGGCGAGCAAUCAAUAAAAGCUCCCUUCCCUAUUUUGAUUUAGUUUUAACAGCUUGGACAUGCCUAAUUGGGCAGGUUUCACAAGAUGGAUUUUCAUGUAUUUAACUAAUGGUUGGGUGCUAAUGUCACAUUGAAGCUAGUUUCCCGUGUAACUAACUCUGGAUUGUAUUUUUUUUAUAACUAUAAAAGAGCAUUUUGGAUGCGCUCGGUAUGGAAAGAGACGGUUGUAGUGAGUUCUAAUCUCACUAACCCUACAUCAGCAGAUAUAUUAUGGAGGCAUGGUAGUGGCUCCAUCCUUCAGCUUUUAUGAAGCUUUUACCUUUGACAGUUUCUCUGACCGGUGUUUUUAAAAACCACAAAAAGGAGCAAAUACUGCCUGAGUUUUUGGAUGUGUUGUGUUAAUUGAUGGGUGCUGUAUCCCCAGAAAUGUAAUUUGGGAUGCUCCGUCUCACCUUUGGAAAACAAGCCACUGCAUAGCUUUACACCAAACAACAGCUAAUGGCAGCUCCUAUGCAAAUGUACUAUCGUUCCAUUUCCAUUGUAGAAAAGGAGAAAAAGGUUAUUUGUCUCUAAACACAAAAGAGUCACACCUAGAAUAGUCAAUGAAGGGCCCCGCCUUGGUUCCAUGCGUCUUAUUUCUGGUUAGAGCAGGCUCAAAAACCAGAAAACAAUUUUGAGACAAUCUCAGGUUUUAGAUUCCAUUUUAUUUUUCUCUAUUUUUGAUACGUGCUUAUUGGUUUGGUUUGUUUCCCAAAACAACUUUCUUUUGGUUGAGAAAUUCAGCCGUUCUCAAGCUGACAUUUUGCCCCAGAAAAGGAAAUGUGAGCAUGACCAUGUUGAACAGCUCAGCCAGAGUCUCUCUCAAUGAGGAGAAAGAAGGUUUUUGCAGGGAGCUCUCCUGCAUCACACAACUUCCCCCUGCCCAACAAGGCUAAUGAAAAGGAGGGGUGAUGGAAAUGGGUGUGGCUGCAUCUCCUGCAGCCUAGGGAAGCAUGGAGAAUC